AGAAACCCUUUGCUGGCUUUUUCAUGCCCAUCUCGCUCUCUCUCUCUCUCUCUAAACCAAACAGAGCUUGAGACAGAGAGAGGGGAGAUAUGAGGGGUUCUUUGGGAGGAGUGAUAGGGAGGUACCCGUCAAGCGAUGGAAGUGACCAAAUGGGUGGAAUCAUAAGACAACACAGAAAAUGCAGAGAUUUGGUGUUCCUUGUCGUCUUCAUUGUCUUCUGGGUCGGAAUGAUUGUUAACUCCAGCUUUGGAUUCAACCAAGGAAACCCAUUGAGGCUUAACUAUGGGCUGGACUACAAAGGAAAUGUUUGUGGUGAUAGGCAUGCGAAUCCUGGCCUUCGUGAGUUGGAACUCAGAUAUUGGUUGAAUCCCAACCAGGUUUACCAGAGUGGUUUAAAGGACAGCCAAUUCAGGCUUGAUAAUGCCCGAAGUAUCUGUUUAUUGGAUUGCCCUAUCCCAUCAGAAGAUUCACUCAAUUGGGUGUGUGAUUAUCCAGAGGGAGAUAUCCAUCUCUCAAUUGAUGACUGGAUAGAUAGGAAUUAUGAUUAUUUUGCAGACCUUACUCCAGGUCUAAGGAACACUUCUCUUCAACUUCAAGGUCCCUGUUACCCAGUUGUAUUUCCAAGUGUGAAUGUUUACUGGACCUGCCAGUUUAUUGCUCGUGCAUCAAAUAUGUCUUUGCGGCAUUGGCAGCAGAUGGGUGGAGUAAAAAUUGUUGAGGACAUACUCAUAGAUAAAUCCAUUCACAAGGCCAUCAAUUCACGGUCAGCAGUCUUAAAGAGAUAUGUUGCUGAUGUUAGCAAGUCUUGGUCUGUAUUGAUUGUUUGUGGGGGAAUCUUGCCACUGUUUCUAUCAGUGACAUGGCUUUUGAUGAUUAGACAUUUUGUCGCUGCGAUGCCAUGGAUAACAAUCAUCCUCUUUAAUUUCCUCAUAAUAACAUGUACAAUGUUUUACUAUUUGAAAGCUGGAUGGAUCGGAAACAGUGCCCUCUCCUCCAUCAUUGGUGAGCAUGAUCUAUAUUAUAAUGUAUCUACAAGGGAGCUUAAUCAUCUCCAUGCUGCUGCUGUUCUCAUGACCGUGGUGAUGAUUGUCUCCAUUCUCUCAUCUAUUGCCAUUGUCCGCCGCAUCCUUAUGGCAACAUCUGUUCUCAAGGUUGCUGCCAAGGUCAUUGGAGAAGUUCACUUGCUUAUUUUUUUUCCGGUCAUACCUUACUUUAUCCUCGCAAUUUUUUACAUGUUCUGGGUUUCUGCUGCUCUCCAUCUUUUCAGUUCUGGUCAGAUCGUUGAGAAUAACUGCGACUCCAAUUGCUGCACCUAUGAGCUUGGGUUGAAACGGGUGAGCUGUGACCAUUGCUGCGGUUAUAGCAUUCGUCGUACUUCUCAUAUUGGUGCUGCAAUUCUUUUCCACCUGUUUGGCUGUUAUUGGGCUACACAGUUUUUUAUAGCAUGCUCUUCAACAGUGAUUGCGGGUUCUGUUGCUUCCUACUAUUGGGCUCAUGGUGACACAUCACCAGAGAUUCCAUUUCUUCCAGUUUUCUCCUCAAUGAAGCGGCUUAUGCGUUACAGCCUUGGGUCUGUAGCUCUUGGCUCUCUCAUUGUAUCAUUUGUUGAGUCCAUCCGAUUUAUACUUGAGGCAAUUCGUCGCAAAUUGAAGGUUUCUAGCACAAUACCUGAUAGCUGGAUUGGAAGGGUGACAUUUCGUUCUUCUCAAUUUUGCCGACGGUGUAUUGAGUGGACCAUCAAAUCUGUGAACCGCAAUGCCUAUAUUAUGAUUGCUAUAACGGGCAAAAGCUUUUUUAAGGCUUCUGAGAUUGCAACAGAAUUGAUCAUCAGCAACAUCCUUCGGAUAGGGAAAGUGAAUGUGAUUGGAGAUGUUAUUCUCUUUCUUGGGAAGUUAUGUGUCAGCCUUUCAAGUGCAGUUUUUGCUUUCCUCAUGUUGAACACUCACAAAUACAACUCUGCUCACAAGAUCUCCUCCCCCUUAUUUCCUGUGCUGGUAUGUUGGGGUUUGGGUUAUGUUGUGGCUACCCUUUUCUUUGCUGUUGUUGAGAUGUCCAUCGAUACCAUCAUCCUCUCAUUUUGCCAAGACUCUGACGAGCACCAUGGGACGGCUCAAUAUGCCCCUCCCCUUCUCAUUGAGACUCUCAAUGAGCAAAAUGAGAUGCAUAGACUAACACAAUAACGUCCCAAUGCUUGUUUUUGGGUUUUCCCUUUCUUAUAUUCGCUUAAUCGAACUUGAGAAUCCUGAUUGUAUGAUGAUUUAUUGCUUUGGUCUGCGCUAGUCUUCAAUUUCUUGAUCAGAACUAGUUUGCUUGUUUUGAAGUCUUGCCACUUUUUUUGAAUUUUUUAUUGCCCCCUUGUAUAUAAUUUUUGUGAGGAACAUUAAAAUGUUGAAGUCUUCUAUGUCAGCAGUGUGUUAUUUUAUGGUUGAAAGCAAUGAAAUUUAAA